GCAGCAGACCUGCUAAGUAAAGCUGGGUGGUGAGGGUGGCGGCAGCGGCUGAGACAUAGCAGAGAGCACCAUGAGCGGACAAGUCGGGGACCUGAGCCCGCAGCAGCAGGAGGCUCUGACCAGGUUCCGGGAGAACCUCCAGGAUGUGCUGCCCACCCUGCCCAAGGUUGAUGACUACUUUCUUCUGCGCUGGCUCCGAGCUCGGAACUUUGACCUUAAGCAAUCUGAGGACAUGCUCCGGAAGCAUGUGGAGUUCCGUAAACAGCAGGACCUGGACCACAUCCUCACGUGGCAGACCCCAGAGGUGAUCCAGCACUAUGACUCUGGUGGUCUGUGUGGCUAUGACUACGAAGGCUGCCCUGUGUGGUUUGACAUCAUUGGGACAAUGGACCCCAAGGGGCUCCUUAUGUCAGCCUCUAAGCAGGACAUGAUCCGGAAGCGUAUCAAAGUCUGUGAGAUGCUUCUCCAUGAGUGUGAGCUGCAGAGUCAAAAGCUGGGCAGGAAGAUUGAGAGAAUGGUGAUGGUGUUCGAUAUGGAAGGUCUGAGCCUGAGGCACUUAUGGAAGCCAGCAGUGGAGGUCUACCAGCAGUUUUUUGCCAUCUUGGAAGCAAAUUAUCCUGAGACAGUGAAAAAUUUAAUUGUUAUUCGAGCUCCCAAGCUUUUCCCAGUGGCCUUCAACCUGGUCAAGUCGUACAUGGGAGAGGUGACACAAAAGAAGAUAGUGAUUCUUGGAGGUAACUGGAAACAAGAGCUUCUCAAGUUUAUGAGCCCUGACCAGCUGCCUGUGGAAUUUGGGGGGACUAUGACUGAUCCUGAUGGUAACCCCAAGUGCCUGACCAAGAUCAACUAUGGGGGCGACGUGCCCAAGAGCUAUUACCUGAGCAGUCAGGAGAGGCCACAGUAUGAGCACACUGUGGUUGUGGGCCGAGGCUCCUCCCAUCAGGUGGAGAAUGAGAUCCUGUUCCCAGGCUGUGUGCUCAGGUGGCAGUUUGCAUCAGAUGGUGGAGACAUUGGCUUUGGAAUCUUCCUGAAGACCAGGAUGGGGGAGCGGCAGAAGGCUGGAGAGAUGGUGGAGGUGCUGCCCAACCAGCGCUACAACACUCACAUGGUACCUGAAGAUGGGAGCCUCACCUGCCUCAAGGCUGGAGUCUAUGUCCUGCGCUUUGACAACACCUAUAGCCUCCUGCAUACCAAGAAGGUCGGCUACACUGCAGAGGUUCUUCUUCCAGACAAGGCCUGUGAGGAGAAGUUGCAGGGCCUCGGGUCAUCGAGCCCUCCUCAGGAGAGUCAAGACUCUGACCGCCUCUGACCCCCUCCAUCCAACUCCUUCACAUACCGCUACCCCUCGUGCCCCAGGCAGGGUGAUGCUGAAGAUGGCUACAGAGAUCUCCAACCCUCAUCUCCAUCUCAGCCUCCCUUGGGACCACUCAGACACAGACCAGCACUUUCAUCCCCUGUACCCAGAGAAUGGGGCUGAGGGUGACAUCACAUACCCACUGAGAAAGGACCCUGCCUCUUGUUCUCACCCUCCUGAAGACACCCUCCCACCCAGGAUUCAGCCAUGCCUGAUAUCCCUGCUGGGAUUGGGUACAUGAAAUUCAUGUCUGGUUCCCCACAGGAAGCACAGCUGCAGGAUGGCUUUACUCCAAUUGGAGGUCAGCAAGGAUGGGAAGGGCCAGCUAUAGGAGGCUGGGCAGACUGUGAAUCGGGAAGAGGCCCCAGCUGGAGCAGAGCAUCAAGGCCUUUCAAAAUCCCCCUCCUUUGGAAAGAACAGCAGCCAUGGAGAGGCAGGGCACAGAGGGGGAACCAUCAGAGGAAAGGUCGCUCUCAGCUCUGUGAGGUUGAACAGUUUGCUGAGUCUAAUGGAGAGACACACAUACAUACACAGGUGCACCUCCCCACACAUACAUACACACGUGCACCCCCUGCACAUACAUACACAGUGCACCCCCCGCACAUGCACAUACCUGUAGGAUCCUGCCGAUACUCAAUUUUGACAUUUCCUCUCUUACGGCAGUUGCCCAGGAAAAGCCAUCAUCAAGCCCACUAUGUAGCCCAGGCUGGUCUAGCAUUAGUCUACCUUCUUCAGUGUCUUGAAUGCUAGUGUUGCAUAUGGGCAGCACUAUCCCUGGCCUGGGUGGAACUCGGAACCAAAGCUAAGCAGCAGGGAGGCACAGGUACUAGAGGGCAGGGUUAAUCAUUCUGGGGACUUGUCCUGGUCUCUAACUUGCUUCUUAGAGAAUUUUCCAGCUUUCUAUCCAUCUGCAUGUCUAAGGAGAGAGUGGUAGCUGCCAGUAUGGCUUCCCCGUGUGACCCAGGAGCCAGCAGGUGAUAGCUUGUUGCAUGUGAUAUCUCAAAGGCUGGCCCUCCUGGCAUACAUGGAGAGUCAGCCAGCCCGCUGGGUGUACUGAACCUGACAGCAGAUGCUGUUGGCCUUGAUCCAGUGUGCCUGUGUGGACUGGCUCAGAGACGCCAUGACCUGGGGCCUAGGAGCUUAGGCUGUCCUGCACUGCUUCCUCCUGGGCCUCUGGCUGGGACAGAAGACCUGUGUCCCAUCCAGGGUGGCUCAGACACUGGGAUAGUUUACUGAUGUUACCGUCUUUGUCCUUCUGUGCUGAUGGGCCAAAUGUCCCUAGAAUUAAUGAUCAGAUACAUGCUCCUAGAAAGGGAGUCCUUACUUCAAAGUGCCACCAGCCUAGACGCCUCAGCAGACAUCACCUUGUCAAGGCACCUUGCAAGCAUAAGUCAGGCCUCGCCCUUUCCUGCUUCAAGAUCCCAUCUUCGGUUUUCUCUGCUUGCUAGAUGUCUUCAUUAUCGAAGACAUUUUAAAGGAGAAAAGCAGUAAACCUUAAAGAUGAGGGAGUUCUUCAGGAAAGCCCCUAACCACUGUAUCUGGACCAGUUGGACUAUUUACAGUCAAGGUUUAGAGUCUGAAUACAGGGUUAAAUGCCAAAAGGCAGUGCCAGGAGAAAUUCCUGCCUAAGAUCAGCUUACGCAGAUUGUCAAGAGGGGAAAAAAAUAUGAUUUUUCUGGAUCCAAAGAGAUAGCCUGGGGCUGUUAGGCAAGAGUCACGAGAUAUUUUCCAAGUCCAGGGUUGUUCCUGCACUCAAUGUGGAAGCAUAGAACCCCUCUUGUUUCUCUGAAGCAACACAGCUUCUUGGGAUCACUUCCCCACAUCUUUUGACAGACUGAAAGGGUUACCGCUGUGAUUAGGAAAAUCUCGACUUCAUUCAUCUCAUUUCUUGUCUUGAGCUCUCAGAAUGACUCGUGUCAUUAAAAUAGGAGGCCUCUGGACUUGAACCCUGACCCUUGCUCUUCCAACCACCCACAGACAACUUUCCGUGUCAGUACAAACACACUAGGAGUUCUUGCUGGUAAUGGAGACAGACCUGCCCUGUGUACAAGGACAACUGAUUCUCCCAUCACAGAAACAGACAGACAUCUGUUGCUGGGAGCACAGGGGUAGGCAGCAGGUGUGUGAAUCGAGCUGCAGAUACAGCUCUGGAACCUGCCUGGAAAGUCAACAGGACAUUGAGAGCUCAGGAAGUCUUGUGAGAUUAAACCCUCGCUCAGCAAACCCUCACUCCUGCAGGCUCGUCUAAUCCUCUGACACUGCAACAUGCUGUCAUCUUCAAAGUUCAUGAUUGAGAAUCAUGCCAACUGAGUUACAAAGCAAACCAAAACCCCACCGAAAACACCUGCAAAACAACAUUUCACACAACUUUAUGUGUUUGGUGUUUGGCCAGGUUCAUAGCAACUCUGGACCCCAUGUAGCUUGUAGGGUCAGGUUGGACACCCUGGUAGGAUGUCACUUUUGAUUUCUACUCCUCCUCCUUCUCCUCCUCUUCCUCCUCUUCUUCCUCCUCCUCCUCCUCUUCCUCUUCCUCCACCACCUUCUUUCUUCUCCUCUUCCUCUUCUUUCU